GCUCGGCCGAUGCACCGCGCGGCGACCCGGAGGUGGUCUGUGUUUGGCACCUCGGACUAUUCAGAGCCCGCCUGUGACCCUCACCCAGGCUUCCUGUAAAGGGUGGAUGCCUGAGGCAGGGGGGCCUCGGGGAGCACCCGCAGCACCGGCACCAGCAGCCGGCCCUCCAGCCACGCUUAGCAGCAUCGCCACAGCAACCAGCGCCCAGACGGCAGCAGCCUAGGCAGACGCAAGCAGACAGCUUCCCACCGUCGGGAGGACGGGGAAUGACCACGGCGAAUCAGGCCCCACAGCAGCCCAGGGAGGUGGAGUGUCCCUAGAGGGAGGGCCGGUCACCUCCAGCAGCAGGCGCACGCCAUGCCAGCUGGAGCAGAGGCGCUGGGGCAGGGGCUGCAUUGGGGCCCGGCCUCGCCUCCCUACCUGCGCUGAGCGCUCCGAGGGCCACCUGGUUUCCUCUGCCAGACACACCUGGACCCGUGUCUCAGCAUUCCUGUCCCCUGCUCCAAGUCUGGGCCCGCCGCUGCCGGACCAUGGGAUGUCGGCAAAGCUCAGAGGAGAAAGAGGCGGCGCGCAGGUCCCGGAGAAUUGACCGCCACCUGCGCUCUGAGAGCCAGCGGCAGCGCCGAGAGAUCAAGCUGCUCCUUUUGGGCACAAGCAACUCGGGCAAGAGCACCAUUGUAAAGCAGAUGAAGAUCAUCCACAGCGGCGGCUUCAACCUAGAGGCCUGCAAGGAGUACAGACCUCUCAUCAUCUACAACGCCAUCGAUUCGCUGACCCGCAUCAUCCGCGCUCUGGCUGCCCUCAAGAUCGACUUCCACAACCCUGACCGCGCCUACGACGCCGUGCAGCUCUUCGCGCUGACCGGCCCCGCCGAGAGCAAGGGUGAGAUCACACCCGAGCUGCUGGGCGUCAUGCGGCGGCUGUGGGCCGACCCCGGGGCACAGACCUGCUUCGGCCGCUCCAGUGAGUAUCACCUGGAGGACAACGCCGCCUACUACCUGAAUGACCUGGAGCGCAUUGCGGCGCCCGAUUAUAUCCCCACCGUGGAGGACAUCCUGCGCUCCCGGGACAUGACCACGGGCAUCGUGGAGAACAAGUUCACCUUCAAGGAGCUCACUUUCAAGAUGGUAGAUGUGGGUGGGCAGAGGUCAGAGCGCAAAAAGUGGAUCCACUGCUUCGAGGGUGUCACGGCCAUCAUCUUCUGUGUGGAGCUUAGCGGCUAUGACCUGAAGCUCUACGAGGACAACCAGACGAGUCGAAUGGCAGAGAGCUUGCGCCUUUUUGACUCCAUCUGCAACAACAACUGGUUCAUCAACACCUCACUCAUCCUCUUCCUGAACAAGAAGGACCUGCUGGCGGAGAAGAUCCGGCGCAUUCCUCUCACCAUCUGCUUCCCUGAGUACAAGGGCCAGAACACCUACGAGGAGGCCGCCGUCUACAUCCAGCGGCAGUUCGAGGACCUGAACCGCAACAAGGAGACCAAGGAGAUCUACUCCCACUUCACCUGUGCCACCGACACCAGUAACAUCCAGUUUGUCUUUGACGCGGUGACAGACGUCAUCAUACAAAACAAUCUCAAGUACAUAGGUCUUUGCUGAAAAGCCAGGCCAGCUCAUUUGCCUGUGGUAAACCCACGGGGUGUCAUACCCCCACCUGUGCUAGGGAGAUGCAGCCCAGGGGCAGAAAAUGGGGGACCUCAAGAAUGUCCCCCUGCUCCUCCACCUCCUUGGCCCUUAUGAUUCCACAAACAUAAAUAUAUAUGGAUAGAUUGCUAAGUAGGUAGACACACACACACACACACACACACACACACACACACACACCUGAAGAUAGCAAAGUUCCCCAAAGCAUUGAGGUCUCUUGAAGACUUGAGGAUCUGUCACCAAGUUCACUACAAGCCCUUCCUGCCCCUUCACUUUGCCUUCCUGAGUCAGCCCCACUCUGCAUGGGGGUCCUCGUGGGACAAUUGGGAGAGGUGGCCGCCCACGCCCAGGUCACCUGGAGAAGGCCAGCUCUGCCCGAGCUCCGGACUGAUGACCUUUCCGCUGAGCAGAAGGGAGGACCAGGCCAGGGUCCGCGCCUGCCCUGCUGGCCACACCCACUAACGGCCUACUUUGUACCGUGUCUGUUCUGGAACCAGGGUGUACAGCCAGAUGACAGCACUAACCAGACCUCCAGCCACUCACAGCUCUUUUUAAACAGCUUCAAAAUAUGCAGCAAAAAUCCACACAAUAACAUGAGUGGCGCGAUUUGUUUCAAACUAGGCCAGCUGGGUUCCAGCUUUUCUUCUACUAGUCUGAUGUUUUAUAAAUCAAAACCUGUUUUUUCUUCUCUGACAUCUUUUUUUUUUUUUUUUUUUUUUUUUUUUUUUGGCCAAAUCUCGUGGUGUUUCGCAGAAAAACAGAAAUACAGAAAAUUUCAAAUGCAGUUGAGUAUUCUUUUUUAAAUGCAGAUUUCCAAAACAUAUUUUUUUUCCAGGUGGUCUUUUUGUGUCUGGCUUGCUGAGUGUCAGAGUUGUUCUGUGGACGAGUGUGUCCCUCUGCUCACUCGAGCGUCGCCCUGCGGCAGACUCGAGGGCAGUGUUGUACAUAAGCCUGUGCAGCGUCCUCUUGUUCCUGGUGCGGUUUCUGCUUUGUUUUUAUUUCAGAAAAUCAAUGUGGUGUAUUUAAAGAAGGUUCUUCACCUAGAGCGAAUGAACAAUAGCUAAAUGUCUUGGUAUUUAAAGAAUAAGUUAUCUGUGGCUUUGCAAGUGGAGGAAAGGUGAGAGGUGGGACAGCGCCUGAGACAGGCUGAGCGCAGUUACGACUCCUGUGAAGGCUCAGCCAACCGUGUAGCCUGAGGGAGGCCCUGCCGGGACCCUGUGUGGCCCUCCCUGCCCAAGGCCUGUGGCACUGGCCCUGAAAGAACCUUGGGCAAGGGCCCUGUGUAAAUACAAACCCCAAACCCUGCUGUCGAGAGCGAAGGCACCGCCAGAGCCCUUGCCAAAUCUCUCGGUCUUUGUUCAGUACCCGUGUGUCCAAGGUCAGUGUGCAGAGUCACAGCCAUGAACUUUAAGAGAUGUACAGAGGGAAAGAGGAGCUGGUGAUCGUAUGAAAGUCAAAGAUUGUCUACUUUAAGAAAAUAAAAUACCCUGAAUGA